UCGACUUCAAUACAUACUUUUUCUGAAAUAAGGUCCCAUGGAGGAAAGGGAGGGACUUCGCCUCUAUAUUCUAAACAUAUCCUGGGCUCAUUUUAGUUACUGUCAUCAUAAACUAAUGUAUCUUUCACACAGCUUUAAUUAUAUGUUUUUAAUUAGGUGCAUUUUUUUAUUCAUAGUUUUCUAACUUAAUUAUAAGAGACAGAAAAUGCAGGCUGAUUAUUUGGAUCAUUCAACUAUUUUUAUCAAUUUCUUUCAUGGUAAAAAUGGGCUUUUACAGAUUAAUAUGGAUUAUUACACUGAUGUUAUAGCAUUAAUAAUGAGGCGCAUGAAACCCAUUAUAAGGAAAGCAAGAGAAACAGUGUCAUCAGGUGUCACAUUGACGUCACAUAUUAUGCGAGAUGACCUAAUUUGAACCUAAUAGGGAGGCGUGUGGCGCAGUGGAUUAGUGCGUUGGUGUUUGGAUCAGGGGGGCGCAGGUUCAAACCCCACUGCAGUCAGCAUGUCGUUGUGUCCCUGAGUCACUUGACCCCAAAUCGCUCCUGUGGGGAUCGCCCACAGUAUUGAGUAUGUAAGUCGCUUUGGAUAAAAGCGUCUAACAAGUAACAUGUAAUGUAAUGCACUCUAGGCAUUUUUAAUUGAUACUGUAGUAAUUGAGUUUAAGUAGCAUCUGAAACAGGUGGUUGUUGACCGGCCUGACCCUCACUGCCUAAUAAAGGACCCCUGAUUAGUGUCUCUCAUUAUUAAUGCCGACCCGAACAAGCCUUGUCUGUGUAACCAAUACUCACUUUCAUGAAAUGGAUCAGGUUUUAUUUCCUUCUUGCUUAAGACAUUCAUCCUGUUGCAUUUCCCUCUUACAGAGUUACCUCUCUGCAUCUCCACGGCAAGUUUCUAACAACUGCUUGGCCUCGAGAUGUGGAUUUGCUGUGAAUGAUUAACAGGAGACUGAUGGGCAUUACUCGUUGAAUAUCUGUUCUGCCUAUUCGACCCAAACAACCCCCAAAACCAAGAUCCUCAAUCUUUAUUAUAGGCCUGUCAGAUAGACAAUAUUUGAGCAAGUCAUACAUGCGAAAACAAUAUUUUUGGUAUUUUAAGACCAGUUUAUGCCUCUAAUGUAAUGUUUUAUGCCUAUUAAAACAAUGUAAUAGCAUAGAAACACAGGCUUUCAAAGUGUAAUGAACUUUGAAUUCCUAGGAAUAUUCAACAUGUCGUUUUACUUCUGAAUUAUUAACAGGAGACGUUUAAUUGGUAGGCGCUGAUGGGCGUUACUCACCAAAUGUUGAAUAUCUGUUCUGCCUACUCGACCCAAACAACCCCCAAAACCAAGAUCCUUAAUCUUUAUUAUAGGCCUGUCAGAUAGAUGAUUUAGGAGCAAGUUAUUGUCCCAAAAAGACACGCGAUAAACAAUGUAAUUGGUAUUUUUAGACCAUUUUCUGCCACUAAUGUAAUGUUUUAUGCCUAUUAAAACAAUGUAAUAGCAUAGAAAUACAGGCUUUCAAACAGUAAUGAACUUCUAAUUCUUAGGAAUAGUCCAAAAUUGAAUUGGAAACAAAAAUAAGUCGCUAACAAAAGUGUUCCAGUUCAUUUCCAUAUAGUUACUAUAAGUUGAUGGCAUACAAAUGGCCUGGAGAUGUAGAUUUGCUCUGAAUUAUUAACAGGAGACGUUAAUUGGUAGGCGCUGAUGGGCGUUUGAGCAAGUUAUAAAUGCGAUAAUCAAUAUAAUUGGUAUUUUAAGACCAUUUUAUGCGACUAAUAUAUUGUUUUAUGACAAUUAAAACAAUGUAAUAGCAUAAAAAUACAGGCUUUCAAAGAGUAAUGAACUUUUGUUUAAUUGGUAGGUGCUGAUGGGCAUAACUCACCAAAUGUUGAAUAUCUGUUCUGCCUACUUGACCCAAACAACCCCCAAAACCAAGAUCCUUAAUCUUUAACAUAAACCUGUCAGAUAGAUAAUUUAGGAGCAAGUUAUUGUCCCAAAAAUAUAAUGUUUUAUGACUAAUCAUACAAAGUUAUAGCAUAGAAAUACAGGCUUUCAAAGAGUAAUGAACUUUUAAUUCCUAGGAAUAUUCAAAAUGUCGCUUUGCCUCUGAAUUAUUAACAGGAGACGUUUAAUUGGUAGGUGCUGAUGGGCGUUACCUGAGAGCCUGGCCUUGUUUUCUGUGACUGACAUGUGUCGCAGAACUUGAAUUGAGCUUUUUUUCGAGGGGUGGAGGUCCCACUACUUGAAGGAUAUCAAUGGAAAACUCCGUCAUGCUGCGCUACGAAGAGCUGCUGUUUUACGCCGCCUGUGUUUGUAACUGCUGGACCGUGUGUCUGUGUGUGUGUGUGUGUCAGAGUGUGUGUAGGAAAGGUGGUGGUGGUGGUGGUGGUAUGGGCAGCAGCUGGAGGUGGCAUCUCUCCCGCACCAUGAGGCUGGCGAUGCGUUGGUGCCGAGGCCCACAGAGGGGGGGUGGAUGCGGGGGAAACAGACCCUGGAUCAGCGGGCGGUGUUUUGAGGUGUGGAGCUACAGCAAGAUGCUGCUCAGGUCUCUGUACUUCAACAGCCUCACCAACGCUGACACUCUGCUGGACUGUGCCUUCGAACCAGUCUACUGGAUUGUGGAUAAUGUGACCCGCUGGUUCGGAGUGGUGUUCGUCUGCCUCGUCAUCCUGCUGACCACCUCAGUUGUGGUCAUCAUCUACCUGUUCGUUUUACCCACAAUCCUCAGCACCUACCCUCUGUACAUGAUCGUGUGGCACCUCUGCUACGGCCACUGGCUCCUCGUCAUGGUGGUCUUCCAUUACUACAAGGCCACCACAACAGCAGCAGGAAGCCCACCCAAGGAGAAAACUCAGAUUCCAGCGGUGUCCAUCUGUAAGAAAUGCAUCACUCCCAAACCUCCCAGGACGCACCACUGCAGCAUCUGCAACCAGUGUGUUUUGAAGAUGGACCACCACUGCCCCUGGUUGAAUAACUGCGUGGGUCACUUCAACCACCGCUACUUCCUCUCCUUCUGCCUCUACACGACGCUGGGCUGCGUGUACUGCAGCAUCAGCAGCAAGGACAUGUUCCUAGACGCCUACAACACCAUAGAGAGAUACUACCAGACCCCUCCUCCCACCGAGCCCUACGUCGAGUCCACGGCUCACAAGAGCAUCAUCUUCCUCUGGGUGCUGACCAGCUCGGUGUCCGUGGCUCUGGGAGCUCUCAGCCUCUGGCACAUGAUCCUGAUCAGCCGAGGAGAAACCAGCGUGGAGCGACACAUCAACCACAAAGAGACCCGCCGGCUGAGGGACAUCGGAAAGGUUUUCAAAAACCCAUAUCAUCACGGGACGAUGAACAACUGGAAGUUACUGCUGGGGGUGGAAAAAAGGAGUCACUGGUUCACCCGGGUCCUCCUGCCCUCCAGCCACCCCCCCAACGGAGACGGCAUCCUGUGGGAGUUCAGCUUCAGCAGGAGAGACCCCAUGGCCAUCUGACCCUCACCUUUGAACCUUAUCAACGAGCAUUUACACCACAAUCAGAUCGGACAGAGAAGCUCCUGCAGCAACGAGGGGACAGAAGCUCUGUCGUUGCACCGUGUGAACAGGGGACUACAUGAGGAAAACACUUGUUCUGAAGCUCCGUCAUCCUUUCCCACCCGUCUCCAUCUGAACACUUUGUCACCCUGCGACUGCAACGCUGACUUAUUAGAUUUAUAAACGUUGCUGCUGGCCAGCACCGUUGUAAAUCCCAAACUCACCCUCCUUUCCAUUUGUAGUAGACACAAACAAAUGACUUUGAGCACCUCAAAUGUUGCACUGAGAGGAAAGCCUUUUUUUUUCUUCAUACAAUGUUUUUGUAAGAUGACAGAUGGAGGAUAACGCAGAUUUGGAGACCCCAAUAUCUACAGAUACGGCACAUUAAAGGUGCUCAUGUUGAAGCUUCAUCAAGAUGGAUAAUGCAGCUCCUUUAAUAAUGUGGCACUGUGGAUAUUUGAGCCCGUAAUAACGAGACUGACAUCUUGAAAUAUUUUCAAUGUUCAUUUUGUUCUACAUGUCCUGUGAGUGUUUAGAUAACUGUCAUUUUCAAGUUUACUUCUCUGCAUGUUUACUUUGCCGUUGUGUUCAGUGCUAACGAGAUUAAGAAUCUGGUAUCAAAAGAGAGCGAAAACCAAAAGAUGUAUUAACUUUUUUUUAUUAUGUUUUUCUGCUUUAGGUAAAGAAAGGAAAAACCGCACAGCAUCUUUUUAUCAUCAACAUUUCUGAUAAAUUGUUGUGUGCCUUGUUUGGUUAAAGUUGUGUGACAUUCCUGAUUUCUUUUUUAACGUGUUUGUACUGAUAACUUAAAGAUGGGUGAUUGGACCCAUAGUUGCCACAGAAACAUGACGUACAGCUGUGAUAUCAUGUGUAACCAAUGAGAGCUGUGCUCCAGUUUCAAAUGUAAUUUGUCCUUUUUUUUUUUUUUAAUAAAAAGUUUGAUAUUAAA